AUGACGGACAGUGGAACCACUUCGAGUAAAACUUCAAGUUCUCAAGCUUCGCCAACCGCGACGUUUGUUCCUCUUCUUGAUGCGGCCAGCUGUCCUCCCUUCAAUCCAAAGGAAGAUCCGAACACCCUUGCAGUUCGCUGGAAGUUGUGGAAACGCUCGCUCAAUCUGUAUUUGGUGGCAAAAGGGAUUACGAAAGAUGAACAGAAAACCGCAUUGCUGUUACAUACUGGAGGGUUGAAGUUUCAGGAGCUUUAUUACACGUUAUUGGCCGGUACGGAUAUCAAGCCGUUCGCUGAGAGUAUGGAGUUGUAGGAUAACUAUUUGGCACCGCAGUUGAACGUUCCAUUCGAAAGGCAUCAGUUAGGCAAAUGGAGCAAGCGUCAGGAGGGUCGGUGGAUCAGUUUGUUUGUCGGUUGAGGCAGAAAGCGAUCUUCUGCGAGUUUGAAAAUGUUGAUGAGGCAAUAAGCGAUCAGCUUAUUGAGAGAUGCCGGGAUCCCAGACUUCGCUGUAAGUUCCUUGAGAAAACAAAUGCUACUCUGAAGGAUUUACAAGAUUUGGCCCGUGUGCAGGAAGCAGUGAACAUGCAGGUCAAGGCUAUGAAUCAGUCAUCCGGUCAGGUGAAUGCUGUUUCCGGCAAACCUCACAGCAAAGGAAAAGGAAAAGGAAAAGGGACAGCGCAGGGUAGAAACAGAGGAAAUAAGCCUGGUAAACCGUCUGGUGGUUCUCAGGAGACAAAAGUGAGAGGCUGUUUUCGCUGUAAUUACACUGACCAUAUGGCACGUGACCCGAAUUGUCCUGCCCGUAGCAAGAAAUGUAAUGCAUGCGGCGAGAUUGGACAUUUUGCAGUCUGUCGCAAAACAAAGGAACGCAAACCUCUUACAAGAGAUGACGAGGGAAGGAAUAAUACACGGGGUAGAGCCUAUCAACUAUCAGAGGAUGCAGCCACCGGCCAACAAGACUAUUAUGCAUUUACAGUUGGAGUCGGUCAGCCUGCAAAUGGUAGUGAAGUUGAUUUGAAGGUUGGAGGAGUGACGUUACCAGCGGUACUUAUUGAUUCUGGAGCGUCGUAG